AGUGCCCUAGUCCUGAGAUUUUUGAGGGUCCCUGCAGCCACGCGCCCAGAGACACUGGCCACCGCCAGAUUCCAUGAGCUCCCGACAUGAACCGAAAGAAAUUGCAGAAAUUGACCGACAACUUAACUAAAAAUUGCAAGCACUUUAAUAAAUUUGAAGUGAACUGUCUUAUAAAGGUUUUUUAUAACUUGGUUGGAGAUGUACCAGAGCGGUCAGUUGCAGUCGUUGGACUAGAUCGUAAUGCAUUUCGGAACAUCCUGCAUGUGACAUUUGGAAUGACAGAUGACAUGAUUAUGGACAGAGUAUUCCGAGGUUUUGAUAAAGACAAUGAUGGCUGUGUAAAUGUAUCAGAGUGGAUUAAUGGAUUAUCAGUGUUUCUUCGGGGAUCCUUAGAAGAGAAAAUGAAAUAUUGCUUUGAAGUAUUUGAUUUGAAUGGGGACGGCUUCAUUUCAAAGGAGGAAAUGUUUCACAUGUUAAAGAACAGCCUUCUGAAACAACCAUCAGAGGAAGACCCUGAUGAAGGAAUUAAAGAUUUGGUUGAAAUAACACUUAAGAAAAUGGAUCAUGACCAUGAUGGGAAGCUGUCUUUUGCAGACUAUGAAAAAGCUGUGAGAGAAGAGACUCUUCUGUUGGAAGCCUUUGGACCAUGUCUACCUGAUCCAAAGAGCCAGAUGGAGUUUGAAAACCAAGUAUUCAACGAUCCAACUGAUUUCAAUGAUAUGUGAAUUCUAAAUGUGCAUUGUUUCAAUAUCUCUCCACCCU